AUGGGUGCUGGGCAGUCUACCGCUUCGCAAGCUCCUCCACGCGCCCUCCACGUCCUACGCGUUACCCCGUCGUCCCCCGCCUCACAGACGUCUAUCGAGCCCUUUUUUGACUUCGUUGUAGGCUUCAGAGGAGAUUCAUUUUCCUCCAGCAAGUCCAUCGACGCCGCUGAGCUCGAGCGCAUUGUCGAGAGCCAUGAAGGUCGCACCUUAGACUUACUCGUUUGGAAUAGCAAGAGCCAACAGACCCGAGUGGUGCCAAUUACUCCCUCCAGAGACUGGUCCCUUCCGCAGCCCAAGAUUCCUGACCCCCAGGAACCGGAGGCAGAGCGCAAGCCCUCCCUGCUCGGUCUAAGCAUGCGCAUGUGCGAGCCCGAGUUUGCACUGGACAACGUAUGGCAUGUUCUCGAUGUGUUGGAAGGAAGUCCGGCGGAGAGCGCUGGACUUGUGCCUUACGGCGACUGGAUUAUCGGCUGGUCUGGCGGUGUGCUGAGUGCCGAGGGUGACUUUUACGAUGUCGUGGAAGCGCACAUCGAGAAGCCGCUGAGGGUGUACGUAUAUUCAUAUGACUUUGAUACCAUCAGAGAAGUGGUGCUCGUGCCAAACCGUCAGUGGGGCGGAGAAGGACUAUUGGGCUGCGUAUUUGGAUUCGGCCUCCUGCACCGUAUACCCCCACUGCCUGCAGACAGAGAACCGGGCUCAAUACCUCCUGAACUCGUUCAGGAUCCCGACUCUAAUGAGUACGAGGAACAGCAGCUGUUCGUACCUGCCGAUCUCCCCGGGGAGGCGGAGAACCUGGAACCCACAGAAGAACAGCUGCGGUGGGAGCACGAGGAGUGGAUGCGGGAGGUCUACGCGCGGACGCACGGCUAUGACGCGCAGCCUGAGUAUGGCACAUAUCCGGGAUAUGCCCACGAACGCGGCCGUGACCACGACCACGACCACGACCACGACCACGACCACGACCACGACCACGACCACGACCACGACCACGACCACGACCACGACCACGAUCACGAUCACGACCAUACACACGACCAUGACUAUGAUCACGCAUACAAUGGCGCACCUGAAGGUUUCCAAACACCUCAUGCUCAGACGUCUCAUGAGCAGGAGAGUGAUGCGCCAGGAACAGCGCGCCCAUCGCUCCCUGUGCCAGCGCCCGUAUCUGCGCCUGCCUCUCCUACUCUCGUGCGCGCAGCCUCCUCUCGCUCCAACACCCUGUCAACCGUGUCACCGCGCGCAUCCACGCCGACACCGAGCCGUCCACUGAGGACGUACAUGAACGGUAUCGGCAUCAGUCCGCGGGCCUCGUCUUUUGGGCGUGGUGACAUCGGUCUGUUCGAAAGCGCCCGGGCAGCAGAGAUUACGGUGGCGGACACAGAGGAUGAGCAUAGCAGCGAUGGGACUAGCGUCGCCGGCACCGACGUCACCGGAACCACGGAGAUCAGCGAGGUGACGUCGCGGGGCAGUCUCACCAGCGUCGACUAG